AGAGAUGAAAAGGAAGAAAGCAAGCAGACCGGGCAAAAGCUACCUCGUCUACGAAAGCAGAAAAGUGUACCAAAGGUUGUACACAAAGAGCGCAAGUCAUUUUACACAAACGCCUUCGGUGUGGCGAGCACCGAUGCCGAAAAGCUGCGGAGAAGAGGAGGAAGAGUAUGGUGUUUUGGUGGCGCGGGCUGGCAAAAAGAAAGCGCAGUGUGCUGAGGAUGUGGUGGUGACAAUGCAGAACACCGGGGGAAAGGUAUGGGAGAAGGAUAUGGCCGAUGUGAUACCCCAGCUGAGGCAGCUCAAGAUGUCCAAGAGAGGGAAGCAUUGAUAGAGGAACGAUGCAACAAGGACUUGGGGUGGUAACGAAGACACGACGAAAUAAAAUAUGCGUAAUUUUAUUCCUUUCUAUUUCAGUACUACUGCUCGGUUUUAUUAUUCACACUGGUAUAUAGCAGCUCUAAGUUCUAGUUGGUACUGUACGACAUUUAUCAGCUUUCCGUAAAUAAUGUACGCAUGCUCACAAUUUUCAAAGAUAAGACAAUGCACGAC